AUGCCUGCAGCAUCCAGAAGUCUCAGUGACACAUCCAAUCAGUCGACCACCACGCCUGCAGCAUCCAGCAGUCUCAGUGACACAUCCAAUCAGUCGACCACCACGUCUGCAGCAUCCAGAAGUCUCAGUGACACAUCCAAUCAGUCGACCACCACGCCUGCAGCAUCCAGCAGUCUCAGUGACACAUCCAAUCAGUCGACCACCAUGCCUGCAGCAUCCAGCAGUCUCAAUGACACAUCCAAUCAGUCGACCACCACGCCUGCAGCAUCCAACAGUCUCAAUGACACAUCCAAUCAGUCGACCACCACGUCUGCAGCAUCCAGAAGUCUCAGUGACACAUCCAAUCAGUCGACCACCACGUCUGCAGCAUCCAGAAGUCUCAGUGACACAUCCAAUCAGUCGACCACCACGUCUGCAGCAUCCAGCAGUCUCAAUGACACAUCCAAUCAGUCGACCACCAUGCCUGCAGCAUCCAGAAGUCUCAGUGACACAUCCAAUCAGUCGACCACCACGCCUGCAGCAUCCAGAAGUCUCAGUGACACAUCCAAUCAGUCGACCACCACGUCUGCAGCUUUUCGUGUAGGCCAUCUUCUACUUUUUCUUAGCACUCACCAGGUGUAA